AGAGGGGGUUAGUUGGGGGUCUUCAAUUUGCCCCACCAACACUCGUGCGCCCGGAUGCGUUCCCAGAGUUUGCCUGCCCCGACCCACGUCCCCAAGCCGCUCUGGGACCCUGGUGCAGGUCAGGGUCUGAAUUUUCUUCCUUUCCUCAUUUGUCAGUCCCUUUCCGGGUACGGGUGGGCUUUGUGCCCUUUUCUCCGAGUUCCGGGACGGACGAGGAGUGCGUUUGAGGAAGAGGGACCGUGCCUCGGAACUUCUCUUGGCGCCCAGAGGACUGCUUUAUAUGCAGCAGGGGCUCAGUAAUGAUAUCAGUGGCAAUAAAAGAGCCCACGGCUUUCAUUUUUUUAACUUCUUCAAUUUCUACUCCCUCUUCCUUCUACACCCCGCCCAUGAAACGGUGCACUCUCCCUUUAAGACUAAGAUGGUGGCUUGCUAAGAUCUGGACUUCACUUCCGGUGGGGAGGGGGCGGGACCCCAGCCCGCUCACGCCGGAAGUGGUUUGCGUUUUCAAGAUGGCGACUCCCUAUGUAACUGACGAGACCGGCGGCAAGUACAUUGCCUCGACACAGCGGCCUGACGGGACCUGGCGCAAGCAGCGGAGGGUGAAAGAAGGCUAUGUGCCACAAGAGGAGGUCCCAGUGUAUGAGAACAAAUAUGUGAAGUUUUUCAAGAGUAAACCAGAACUACCCCCAGGGCUGAGUCCCGAGGCCACUGCCCCUGCCACCCCACCCAGGCCUGAAAGUGGCGAACCAGGUCUCUCCAAGACAGCCAAACGCAACCUGAAGCGGAAGGAGAAGAGGCGGCAGCAGCAAGAGAAGGGAGAGGCGGAGGCUUUGAGCCGGACUCUCGAGAAAGUGUCCCUGGGAGAGACAGCCCAACUCCCCAGCGCUCCGCAGGGCUCCCGCGCAGUCGCUACAGCUGUCUCUGACCAGCCCGACUCAGCUGCCGCUGAGAAAGCCAAGAAGAUAAAGAACCUAAAGAAGAAGCUGCGGCAGGUGGAAGAGCUGCAGCAGCGGAUCCAGGCUGGGGAGAUCAGCCAGCCCAGCAAAGAGCAGCUGGAGAAGCUGGCAAGGAGGAGGGCACUGGAGGAGGAGCUGGAGGACUUGGAGCUCGGCCUGUGAGGCCUUUGGGGAAUGGGGAAUGGACUGCAGAACAAACCAUGGGGCUCUCUGGGGUCCUGGGGGAUGUGGGCAGCAGUAGUCAGGAGGGGUACCUGGCUCACUUCCACCUCUUGCUGCCUAACUCUGUCUUCCAGAGUCUAGCCUCUCCCUCAUUUCUUCCCUUUUCUUCCCAAUGCCUACUUUUUGGACUUUCCCCCUCCUAUUCCCAGUGUUUAAAAUCUCAGUGACUACCCCAGUUACCUUUGCUGCUGGUUUGGGUGUUUUGUUUAAAAGAAAAUCGGGUGGGUUGGAAUCUCUCAGCUGAGAUUAGGGGUAGGGGGAACUACACCCAAGUCUUGGAGUCUUGGUUCCUGUUCACAGUGUUUAGGGGUUAUUUUCCCCUCCAUCCCCACUUUUUUUUUUUUUUUUUUCUUCUUUUUUUAAAGAACGAGAAUAAACUCAAGUAGACAUGUC